AUCAACAUGGCUGUUUCUCUGACUUUUCUGCUUAUUCUAACUCUGAUAACAGGAAAUGACGGUGCUCUUACAAUGAUACCAGCGAAGGCUGGAGCUUCGGUCACUAUCCCCUGUCUUUAUGAGUCCCAAUACAGAAAUCAUGUUAAAUAUUUAUGUGAAGGAUAUUAUUGGGAUUCUUGUUCAAAAGCAAUCAAGACAAACUCACAAGGAUCAGGGAAGUAUUCAAUCUCUGAUGACAAAAAUCAGACAAUCUUCAGUGUGACUAUAAAUCACCUUACAGUUGAAAACACCGAUUAUUGGUGUGCUGUGGAUAUCAGUAGAGCAUAUGAUGUCGGACAAUACUUUCAGCUGUCAAUCACUACAGAUACACCCAGUUUAUAUGUGGAUAAUCAGGAGGUGACAGGAUUUAUUGGAGAAGACGUGACCAUAAACUGUCCCUACAGAACCUCUGGAGAAAUGAAAUGGUGUAAACUGGGCAGAGAUUGUGUGACAGGUGUGUCUGGAUCAAUUGAUGGAACAACAGUAAACAUCAACACCAAAGCGAUGUCUGUAUUCAGUGUGACUAUGAAAGGACUGAUGCCAAAGAGCAGUGGUUGGUAUUACUGUGACAACGGAAACUUUCAGAUGCCAGUUCACCUGACAGUGACUGCUAAACCCACUGUAGCUGCACCAACUACAGUCACAACAACUGGAGAAAUGACAACAGAAGGACAAGUGCAGACAACUAGAGAAAACAGGUCAGAAGUCGUCAAAGUGCUUGACCACUAUGCACAGAGAUCUUUUUCUGUCCAACUGAGCCUCAUCAUUCCUCUGAGCUUGCAGAUCUUUAUUGUUGCUGUUUCCUUAUUAUUCCUGUUAAUAUUAACAACAAAGCUUGUCAAACCUUGGGAUUCAACAGCCUCAAAAUUGAAUGAAGGGGAAGAAACAUAUUCAGUAGUAAUUUUCUCUAGAACCAAGGCGCUGCAGGUAUCAGCUCAGACACACCUACCUUCACUUGAGACAUAUUACCUGUUUAAAAACACCUAUUACUGGUGUGCUGUGGAGAUCAAUGGAGGAAGUGAUGUCCGACAAUACUUUGAGCUGUCGGUCACUACAGAUACACCCAGUUUAUAUGUGGAUAAUCAGGAGGUGACAGGAUUUAUUGGAGAAGACGUGACCAUAAACUGUUACUACAGAACCUCUGGAGAAAUGAAAUGGUGUAAACUGGGCAGAGAUUGUGUGACACGUGCUUCUGGAUCAAUUGAUGGAACAACAGUAAACAUCAACACCAAAGAGAAGUCUGUAUUCAAUGUGACUAUGAGAGGACUGAUGCCAAAGAGCAGUGGUUGGUAUUACUGUGACAACGGAAACUUUCAGAUGCCAGUUCACCUGACAGUGACUGCUAAACCCACUGCUGCACAAACUACAGUCACAACAGCUGGAGAAAUGACAACAGAAGGACAAGUGCAGAUGACUAAAGAAGAGAAGUCAGAAGUGUUGUAA